AAUCUCUAGUGAGAAUUAGACAAAUGCUUGGGGAAUUCCACUUUGCGUCAAGCCCUGUGACUACUCCGCUGAUGGUGCGUGCUCCCUCUAGUGUAACAUCUGAGGAUACUCGGUCUCUGCCUCCCCAUAGAUGGUGCAAGGUUAACGUUGAUGCAAGUUGGGAUAAAGUCUCCGUGAAAUCUGGUUUGGGUGGUGUGGUUCGAUAUGAAGAUGGCAAUUUUUUGGGAGGUUAUGAAGGGUUUAGACUGACGGCCUCUGUGCUUGAGGCGGAGGCUCAUUCUGCGUUAAAAGGAAUUUCUUUGGCUGCUGAUUUGGGUGCCACUUGCAUCAUCAUUGAGACAGACUCGAAGGAGCUGGUUCAAAAUGUCAAUGGCGGAAUUGGCAGGAGUGUGUGGUCUAUUUAUCCUAUCCUUUUUGCUAUUAGAAAUCGUUGUAACCAGUUCAACUUCUGUAAUUGGCGGUGGAUCCCUCAUCGGUUAAAUGGUUUAGAUGAUUCAAUUGCGGCAAAUGCUAGGAGGGGGAUGCGCGAGGAAGUCUGGAUUCACAGACCCCCAUCAUCCCUGGUUUUUGAUCUGUAGGCGGAUGGAUUACCUUGUCCUCCAAGAUCGUAGGUUGUUGUUGGUUAGAGGCUGACGUGCAUCCUUUGGUGGCGUCCUAGUGGCUGGUCGUUUAACUGAGCUUCUUUGCUUGUUUUUUCUCUAGUCUGUUUGUUUUCCUUUCUCCUGGCUGUUUGGUUGAAGGAGGUGUUCCCGCCUUCCCUAUGGCUUCAUGCUGUACUGUUUUGUUUGCCUAUGUUUUAAUGAUAAUCUCUUUGCUAAAAAAAAAAAAAAAAAUGCUUCGAUCUUG